AUGGAGCGGGCCGGGCAGGAGCCUGGCUCCCGAGAGCCUGGAGCUGCAGGGAGAGGGCAUGCAGAUCAUUGUGAUACUGGUUUUAUACGAAGAGGCAGAAACAGAAUAAAUAAUGUCUCAGGCCAGGUGGCUCAGUUUGGGGAAAGCCCUCAGGCCAGUAAUUACAGUCUUCUACCAGGACAGAGAGAGGAGAGAUUUGGUGGUUGUGUUUGGAGAGGUGCUCAAUCAAGCCAGAAUACACCAAGAAACCAAGGUGGAAAAGCUAACAGUGGAGCCACAGGACACUGGAAUGAAUGGGAGAAUGAGAGGAGGAGAAUGAGGCAUCUGGGUGGACAGACACACGAGAGGGCCAGAAGACCCUGGGACUACCAAGAAAAUGGGAGUGGAGGAAGAAGGUAUCAAGGUGGACAGGCACAUGAGAAUACCAGAGGACCACGGAAUGAGCAAGAAAAUGAGGGUAGGGGAAGGUGGUAUCAAGGUGGACAAUCCUGGGAAGGAGCUAGAGAGCUGAGGAAUGGGCAGGAAAAUGAAGGUAGGGUAAGGAGGAUGCAAUCUCGGGAGAAUCCUCAUUACCACCAGAACCCUGCCCCAGGUGGUGCCCAGCUCAGUGAGCAGCCUCAGCAAGUCAAAAGGAUCGGAUAUAAAUUCCUAGAAAGUCUUCUCCAGAAAGACCCUUCAGAAGUUGUCAUCACACUUGCUUCAAGUUUAGGUUUGAAGGAACUUCUCUCCCAAACAGCUAUGAAACCAAAUUUCCUUCAGCUCGUUUGCCAGGUGCUUCGAAAAGCAUGCAGUUCCCGAAUGGAUAGACAGAGUGUCCAGCAGCUGCUUGGAGUGGUGAAGGAGUCCAACUUCCUCAGGAUCUGUUUGCCACAGUAUGUGUCUGACAUGAUAACAGAAGUAGUCCCUUCUGUACGUCAUCAGUACCCUGUGCAUAUUAGCAACAUCAUUUCACUUCUUCAGGACCUAAUCAGUGUUUUCCCAGCCAGCUCUGUCCAGAAAAUCUCAGUUCUCUUGACAGUCUUGCCAGCGUCCAUAAGUGCCCUGAGAGCUGCUGGUGUGGACAUCCCAGAAGAAGCAGAGAAGAAUCUAAAUAAAGUCCAGAUGCUCGUGCAGCACCUGCAGGAGAAGAAACGUGAAGGGACACUGAGGGCUGAUAACUGUACUCUUGUGCAGCUUCAGACUGAUAGUCCAGACGAAAGCUAUCGCACAAUGACCAUUUAUCCGACAUAUAAUGAGCUACACCGUCAGGAAAAACCCUUUCUACGUCCCAAUAUUGUUUCUGGAAGAUAUGAGAGCACCAGCAUUUAUCUUGACACCCAUUUCCGGCUUUUGAGAGAAGAUUUUAUAAGGCCUUUAAGGGAAGGUAUCUGGGAGCUUUUGCAGAACUUUGAUGACAAAGGUCUGAGAAAGAAAAGAUUUGAUGACAUCAGGAUCUAUUUUGACACACGGAUUAUUGCCCCUCUCUGUUCCCCAACUGGUAUUGUUUACAAGGUCCAGUUUGACAUAAAACCAUUGAAGUUUGUACGAUGGCAGAAUUCCAAACGGCUGCUAUAUGGAUCCCUGGUCUGCAUGUCCAAAGACCACUUUGAAACAUGCCUUUUUGCCACUGUUUCUAAUCGUGAUAAUGCAGAUCUUGCCUGUGGGAUUGUGCAGCUAUGUUUUAAUGCACAGAGCCAUGCACUGCUGGCACAGGUUCAGCCCUCAGACUCCUUCCUCAUGGUAGAGACAACUGCUUACUUUGAGGCCUAUCAGCAUGUGUUAGAAGGAAUACAGGAAAUCCAGGAAGAAGAUAUCCCAUUCCAGAACUACAUUGUGGAAUGUGAUACACAGGUGAAGCAGCCAGCAUACCUUACAAUGGAUACUGCCUACAACUUUGCACCCUUGAUGGAAGAUCCACUGUUAGACAAAGAUAUAUACCCUGAUGGUUUGAGAAGGCAAAGUGUCCGUGUUCUAGAUCCCAAGCAGUGGCCUUCAACAGAAACCUUGAGAUUAGAUGAGUCUCAGAUGCAGGCACUGAUGGUUGCACUCACCAAGGAGCUGGCUAUUAUUCAAGGACCUCCUGGGACCGGGAAGACCUAUGUGGGUUUGAAGAUUGUUCAAGCUCUAUUGACUAAUGAGCAUGUGUGGCAAAGCAUGGUCCAGAAGUCUCCUAUCCUUAUAGUCUGCUACACUAACCAUGCACUGGAUCAGUUCUUAGAAGGAAUUUACACAUUCCAACAACAUGGGAUCGUGCGUGUUGGGGGCAGAAGUAGCAGUAAGGUCCUGAAGCAGUUCACCUUGAGAGAGCUGAGGAAGAAUCCUCAAUUCCAACUCAACUUGCCGAUGCAUCUUCGCAGAGCCUAUGUGAAUAUAACCAAUGAGAUGAAACAGGCUGAGCAGUUGCUCUACGAAGGAGCAAAGCAGUUGGAGUGCACAACAUACGGAGUUCUGCAUGAGCGCCACUUGAAAGCCUGCAUCGCCCCCCAGCACUGGGACAGCCUCAUGAAUGGUCUGGAUGAUGAGGAGUUCUACUACAGUGCUUCAAAAUACUCAAUGAUUCUGGAGUGGCUGGGCCUUGGUGUAACUGUCUUCACCCAGAAUCCUGCACAGAAUAUAAGGGCUGAGAAGCCAGGUGGUCAUCAGGAGACAGAGGAGGAGUGGGAAGGUGGAGUAGAAGAGGAGCUUUUGGAGAUCCCAGAGGAGGCUGACUUGAUUCAAGCUGACAGAGUGAUUGAAGAUGAAGAGGCAGCAAAGCCUCAGGGAAGGAAGGAGGAAGAGCUCAGAGCUGUUAAUGAACUAGCCAGCGUGCUGUUGGCUAUGAAGCUGGAGGGCCAGGAAGAAGGAACAGCCCAACCACAACAGAAGACUACACAGUGGGAGGUAACUGGUGCUCAGAGGAAGAAAAUGAAACAGAAGAUGAAGGUUGAGCUCCGUAAACUGAGUGCAAUGACAGAGUUAGAGGCCAGGGAUAUUCGGGAUCUGUGGCAACUUGACCUGGGCUCACGCUGGAGGCUUUACAGGCUUUGGCUGCACACCUACCAGGGCCUUAUUCGACAGAGGAUUCUGCGGCAUGAACGGAACUAUCAGGCAGCAGCAGAAAGGCUGACAGAACUGAGGCUGCAGGAAGAUCUCUGCAUUCUCAAGGAGGCCCAAGUGGUGGGGAUGACAACUACAGGUGCUGCCAAAUAUCGUCACAUCCUGCAAAAAGUAAAGCCACAAAUUAUCAUUGUAGAGGAGGCAGCAGAGGUGCUUGAGGCUCAUAUCGUUACUACUCUGAGUAAAGCUUCCCAGCAUCUUAUCCUCAUUGGAGAUCAUCAGCAGCUGCGUCCUACUGCAAAUGUAUAUGACCUGGCCAAGAACUUCAAUCUGGAGGUGUCUCUCUUUGAACGGCUGGUGAAAGUCAAUUUCCCGUUUGUCUGCCUGAAAUACCAACACCGCAUGCGUCCUGAAAUUGCUCAGCUUCUCAGUCCUCACGUAUACCAGAAGCUGGAGAACCAUCCGUCUGUCCUGACAUAUGAGAACAUAAAAGGAGUCUUAGCUAACCUCUUCUUUGUGGAACAUGACUUUCCAGAGCAAGAGAUUCAGGAAGGGAAGAGCCACCAGAACCCACAUGAGGCCCAGUUUGUGGUGGAACUGUGCAAAUACUUGUUGUGUCAGGAAUAUCUACCUUCUCAGAUCACCAUUCUCACUACUUAUACUGGACAGCUUUUCUGUCUGCAGAAGCUCAUGCCAGCCAAGACCUUUGCAGGUGUGAAGGUUCAUGUAGUAGAUAAGUACCAGGGGGAAGAGAAUGAUAUUAUUCUGCUGUCACUUGUGCGAAGCAACAAAGAAGAGAGAACUGGAUUCUUGCAGAUCCCUAAUCGGAUAUGUGUUGCAUUAUCCAGAGCUAGGAAAGGGCUGUAUUGUAUUGGAAAUAUGAGAAUGCUUGGCAAGGUUCCUCUCUGGAGCAAGAUCAUUCACACCCUUCGGGAAAAAGGUCACAUUGGCCACUCAUUGGCACUUUCCUGUCAAAAUCACCCUGCAACCAGGACACUGGUAUCUACAGCAGCAGACUUCAGCAAAGUCCCGGAAGGAGGCUGUAGUCGUCCCUGUGAAUUUAGGCUGAGUUGUGGACAUGUUUGCAUGAGGGCAUGUCACCCAUAUGAUGCACAGCACACAGAGUAUCAGUGUCUGAAGCCUUGUCAAAAGCUGCUUUGUGCAGAUGGGCACCGCUGCCCACAGUCAUGUUACGAGCCCUGCGGACCAUGCAUGGUGAUGGUAGAGAAAACAAUUUCUAAGUGUGGCCACCUGCAGAUGGUGCCGUGCUCUGUGCCAGAGAGUGAGGUUAUUUGCCAAGAACCUUGCCAGAAAAUGUUGAACUGUGGGCACAUGUGCAACCAGUUCUGUGGGCAGGAAUGUACUAAGCGGUGUCCUGAACCUGUUACAGUCAUGCUGAAAUGUGGCCACAAUCAGAAAGUUAAAUGCUGGAUCACUGAGGAGAUGAAACAGGAGAAGCCUGUGGAAUGUAAGACUAAGUGUUCUGUUACACUGCAGUGUGGUCACGUGUGCUCAGGUUCCUGUCAUACCUGCUUUGAAGGAAGAUUUCAUGAGCCGUGCAAGAGCCCUUGCAAGCGCUUCUUGGUCUGCUCCCAUAAGUGCCAGCAGCCUUGUACUACAGAAUGCCCUCCCUGUCAGCUGGAAUGUGAGAACCACUGUAUCCACAGUCGAUGUAAAAAGAAAUGUGGAGAGAGCUGUUUCCCAUGUGCUGAGCCCUGUGAGUGGUGGUGCCAGCACUACCAGUGCACCAAGCUCUGCUCUGAGCCCUGCAACAGGCCUCGCUGCAACACACCCUGUGCUGAGCUGCUGCCCUGUGGUCACCCCUGCAUCGGGCUGUGUGGAGAGCCCUGCCCAAAGAAGUGCCUGGUUUGUGACCGUGAGGAACUCACCCAGAUCUUUUUUGGCUUUGAGGAAGACCCAGAUGCUAGAUUUGUGCAGCUUGAAGACUGUGGCCACAUCUUUGAGUCCCAAGGCCUCGACCAUUACAUGGAUGAAGAUGAUGAUGUCAUCAAGCUGAAGGUAUGCCCUGUCUGCCAGACACCGAUCAGAAAGAAUUUGAGGUAUGGCAGCAUUGUGAAAAGACGGCUAGAUGAGAUAGAAAAGGUAAAAGAGAAAAUCCAAGGCCCAGCACAGCAAGUUGAGUCUAGCAGACAAAGACUGCAGGCUGCACUGAGUGGGAAUGCUGUUUUGCAGAGGAAUCUACCCCUUAAGUACCUCAUGCUAGAAGAUAAACUAAAAGCUUCUGAUCUCUCCACAAGGAGUAUUGGACUAAUUGAGAACCAACUUAAAUUCUAUGAACGUGUAGCAGAUCUAACCCAUUCUAUGAGCAAAAUUGAUGCGAGUGAGAGGAAAAGGCUGAGAAAGCAGCUGGAUGAAGUCCAGGAGUGGCUGGAAAAGCCACGCCUCAGUUUUUCAGGACAGGAGCUAUCUGACCUGCAGGCCGAGAUCCAGAGACUAACCUAUUUGGUGAGUCUCCUGGCAAGGUGCAACGGCAUAGGUUGGACAAUUCCCUCAGCGCUUGCAGCAGUGAUUGCCAGCGCUCGUGAAAUCCUGGAAGGGACAAAGAAAUUCACAGAGGAGGAGGAGGCUGCCGUGAAGGCGGCCCUGGAGGCGCUGCGCGCUGCCCUGCCGCGCUCGGGGCUGGGGGUGUCCGAGGCUGAGCGGGUGCAAAUUGUCAGCGCCAUUGGCUGCCCCCGCGGCCACUGGUUCAAGUGCCGAAAUGGGCACAUCUAUGUGAUCGGGGAGUGCGGAGGAGCAAUGGAGAGGAGUACGUGCCCUGAAUGCCGGGCGGUCAUCGGGGGCACGAACCACGCUCUGGACAGCAGCAACAGCCUCGCCUCCGAGAUGGACGGCGCCACCCACGCGGCCUGGUCGGAGACGGCCAACAACCUGCUCAACUUCGAGGACCUCCAGCAGCUUUUCUAG